CGCGAACUCCAUAGACAUCACCACCAAGGGAGCCAGCACUACUCGGGUAUAUAUUUGUUGAACAACAAUUGGCAUUUGGCUUCUUUCACGGCCAAGAGCAAGCAGACUGGCUGCAUUUGAUGCUUAUCACAGUCCCGGACACUCCAAACCGUCUCGCCACAUCGGCCAUCACCAGCAGUGCCAGCAUCAUGGACGCCUCUUCCAACGCGAACACUCCUAACCCCACCAUCACGUUCUACGACAUCAUCCUCGACCCGGCAGCCUACCCGAUGUCGCCCAACCCGUGGAAGACGCGCUACGCGCUCAACUUCGCCGGCGUGCCCUACCGCACCACCUGGGUGCCCCUCAACGCCAUCGCCGCGACGCGCAGCGCCCUCGGCCUCCCCGCCAUCCGCAAGCACGCCGACGGCAGCGACUUCCCCACGCUGCCCAUCAUCCGCGACCCGCUCGGCAAACCCCCAGCGAAAACGGACAAAGGCGAAGCAGCAGCAGCACCAGGAGAAGAAGAAGAAGCAGUAAUCGGCGACUCCUUCGACAUCGCACUACACCUCCAACGCACCCACCUCUCCCCAAACCAACAACACACAACAAAAAACCAACUCUUCCCCUCCCUCUCCAGCACCAACCACACCCCCUCCGGCGCGGCCGCGGACGCGGACGCGGGUAGUGUGGCCCUGCACCGCGCAUUCAACGCGCUCGUCGACGAGCUCUUCACGCGCUACGGCGCCCCGCUCGCCGGCACGUACAUGCCGUUCGACCCGCGCACGGCCGCCGCCGACAAGGCGGCCAUGCUGGUGCGCUUUCCCGGCGGCGCGGCGGCGCGGUGGGAGGACCUGGAGAUCCCGCCUGGCUCGGAGGCGCGGCGGGGGAUGCUGCGCGAGUUUGAGGAUGCUUUGGAGCAGAAGUUGGGGUCGUGUUUUGGGGCUGGGGCCGGGGCGGGGCGUGGUUGUGGGGAUGGGGAGGAAAGGAGGGCGGCCGGCCCGUUUAUGGGUGGGCGAGGGAGCCCGAUGUAUGCCGACUUCAUCGUGGGCGGGUGGCUGCAGUUCAUGAGGGGGUGUUUGCCCGAGUGGGAGGAGAUGAGGGAUAAGUGGUCCGGAGGCAAAUGGGGGAGGUUGUUUGAUGCGCUGGAGGAGUGGGCGCAGGUGGAUGGUCGGGACGGGGUGGUUCCGGCGAGGAGGUGAAGGGCAUUAUAUCGCAGUCAGAGGGUGGUCUGUUGUUUUUCCGAACUCGUUCAGUCUUCGGAAUAGGUCAUCAUGGAUGCGCCGUUUGGGACUGGGAAAGACCGGCUAGUUGGGAGGUGGUCUUGCAUAUGAAGGGCGACCAUUGGUGUCUGAAGCGUGGGUUGCAGGGUGUGUCUCGCUGAUUCGGCAUUUUGUCGACUGCUGGGAUCAAAAUCUCGACUCUUCAGUUGGUGGAAGGCAGCCGCCAAGACCUUCAUGCGGGCACAGAGAUCGUUGAGAUCGUUCAUGGCGUGC